GACACGCACUGCGCAUGACAACCAGGCAGGAGAAGCCGCUGCAGACUGCUGAGGCCCCACCUGUGGAGUUCUGGAGGUGGUUGCCAUGGAGCCUGCCUGGCGACAGCAGGGCAGGGGGCGUGGCCGAGGUCAGGAGGGUCAGGGUGAAAGGUCACGACCCCCGCAGAAGGAGAGAGAGAGGCCGGGGCCCCCGGCGGGAGCGUGGGGGCCUGGAGGAGGAGGGAGGAAACCACCUGAACCUCAACGUGGUGUGUCGGUCCCGUCCAGGUUCGAGGAGAUCAGGAAGUCCAACCAGGCUGCCGCUCAGCGAUUGGUGGAGAGCCGCAUCAGCUCCUCUUCCUCUGACGACGAAGACAAAGAUGAGGAUGGAGAUGUUGACCGUAAGGAUGUAAAGAGAGGGAAGAUCCUGGCGUCGACCUUCACCACCUACACAGACCAGACAGGUGGUGAUGUCACAGGUCUGGUCAGAACUGGUCAGUAUGUCAGUGACCUGUUUCAGUCUGGAGCGCUCACCUGUCUGAUCUGCAUCGCCUCCGUCAAGAGGACGCAGGCGGUGUGGAGCUGCUCCAGCUGUUUCUGUCUCUUCCACCUCCCCUGUAUUCAGAAAUGGGCCAAAGACUCGGCCUUCCUCGUGUCCUCGGUCACUGAUGAAGACUUUGGUCAGAAGCAGCAUCCCUGGCCGUGUCCAAAGUGUCGAGCAGAAUAUCCCCCCAGCGCCACGCCCAACAGGUACAUGUGUUACUGUGGGAAACUGCAGGAUCCUCCAGCUGAUCCCUGGUUGGUUCCUCACUCCUGUGGCUCCGUCUGUCAGAAGGAGCUCAAACCCACCUGUGGACAUACCUGUCUGCUGCUCUGUCACCCCGGUCCCUGUCCUCCCUGUCCAAAGAUGGUGUCAGUUUCUUGCAUGUGUGGCAAAGCUAAGCCCCUCCCCCGUCGCUGUAGCAACAAGGCCUGGUCGUGUCAACAGCAGUGCAGCAAGUUGUUACCCUGCAAGCAGCACACCUGUACACAGCCCUGUCACACAGAGUGUUCUCCCUGUCCCAGAGUCAGUGUUCAGAAGUGUGUGUGUGGUCGAGAGAAGGCGGAGAGACCCUGUGCCAGCCCUCGGUGGACCUGUGAGCAGGUCUGCGGCUCUCCGCUCUCCUGUGGGAAUCACACCUGUGAACUUCUCUGCCAUGAUGGACUUUGUCCCCCCUGUCCUCGCUCCGUCAGCAGGUCCUGUCCCUGCGGCAAGACCAAGUCAUCUCUGCCGUGCACGGAGGAAGUGCUGCCAUGUGGCGACACUUGCGACCGCCGUCUGUCAUGUGGAAAACACACCUGUUCAAUGAGGUGUCACCGAGGGAGCUGUGAGACCUGCAGACAGGAGGUGGAGAAGGAGUGCAGGUGUGGUAAAUACAGGAAGUUGAUGGCGUGUCAUAAAGAAUACCUGUGUGACUCCAAAUGUCCAAAAACCAGAAGCUGCCAGAGACACCAGUGCAGGAGGAAGUGUUGCCCUGGUAACUGCCCUCCCUGCGACCAGAGCUGUGGUCGUACUCUGGGGUGUCGUAACCAUAAGUGUCCGUCUGGCUGUCACCAAGGUAGUUGUUAUCCCUGUCCGGAGUCGGUGGAGGUCCGAUGUACCUGUGGUUCCACCGUCUUGCCUGUCCCUUGCGGGCGGGAACGGAGCACCAAACCGCCUCGCUGCAAAGAGACCUGCAGGUGUCCUUCAUCCUGCCACCACCCGACCAGAGAGACCCACCGGUGCCACCCCGGGCCCUGCCCCCCCUGCAGACAGCCCUGCCUGCUGCCGCUGCCCGGCUGCGGCCACACCUGCCCCCAGUCCUGCCACGACCUGGUGCUGGUCAAGUCCCAGCAGGUGCAGUUAGCGGGACCCUGGGAGCAGCCUGCCGAGCCAGCGUUUGUGAAGAAAGCUCUUCCCUGUCCACCAUGUCAAGUACCCAUACCGACGGCCUGUUUUGGAGAACAUGAGGUCAGCCCGGUGCCGUGUCACCGCCGGGGGCGAUUCUCCUGUAAACGGCCGUGCGGACGAUCUUUGACCUGCGGGAACCACGACUGCAGCAGGGAGUGUCACCUGGUAACCGACGGCAACAAGUGUGAAGUGUGUGAGGAGGGCUGCUCUAAGCCCCGCCCCCCCGGCUGCCCCCACACCUGCCCCCGCCCCUGUCACCCCGGCAACUGCCCCCCCUGCAGCCAGAUGAUCCGCCAGCGCUGUCACUGCAAGAUCAGCAUGCUCUACGUGGAGUGCACGAAGUUGACGUCAGCUGAUGAACAGACGAAGGUGAAGUUGGGCUCCUGCAGCAACCAAUGUCCCAAAGAGCUGAGCUGUGGCCAUCGCUGUAAGAAGGUGUGUCAUCCAGGAGUGUGUGAGGAGAAAUGUCAGCAGAGGGUGAAGCUCCGAUGUCCCUGCAGGAGGAUCAAGAAGGAGUUCCCGUGCUCUUCGUCAGAUCAGUGUGUUCAGUGUGAUGAUGCAUGCAGAGACCAGCAGAGGAAAGUCAGCCAGCUGAAGGAGGCGGAGCAGAGAGCAGCUCAGGAGGAGGAGCAGAAGAAACUUCAGGAGGAGCUGGAGGCGUUCGAGAAGCGUCAGCAGCGAGGAGGUCGGAGGAGUAAGAAGCGGGGGAGGAGGGAGGAGGCGGAUGAUGAAGGGGCGAGGGCGGGGAGGUGGAGGAGGUGCGUCGCCUUCGUCCUCGUCCCGUUGGCCGGAGCUCUGCUGUCGGCCGCUGCCUACUACCUCCUGACCGCGCCCUGAACGCCUCACGGGUGCGGUUGGGGUUUGAGUUUGACUCUUCAGGUUUUUUCCGCUCAUGUCGAUUCUGGAAGUGAAAACUGGUCCUCGUAUGGUUCUGGUUUCAGUUUGAGUUUAGUUUCUUCCUGUUUGAAGGUUAAUGUGAAGGUUGAGAAUGAUUUAAAGUGACUCAGCACGCAGCCAUGUCAAUAAAUAACUCACCUCUGCGACUGUGGCGUCUUUUCAGGAUUAUUCUGUUUGUCACUUGUUUGAUCGUCGCUCAGUCGAUCGUCCUGUAAAACACGAUCCCGUCCGUUUCUCUCUGAUGUCUGUUUGAGUCAUUCAUUAUUUUCAGGAUCCGGACGUGAUUCCUGCUUCAGGAAGCUGUUCCUCCUCGAGCCUGAGGCGAUCAAUAAAAGUCUUAAUGACCAACACAAAACUUAAAACAAGUGGAAACGAUCAACUAAUCGAUGAUUACUGAUUGCCUUAUUGAUGCAGAUGGUUUCUAACAGGUUUGUCAUUAAAUCUGUCAGACUCAGGUCAUGUGACCAGCUGGAUCUGCUGGAGUGUGGUCUGAUGCGGUUUGUGUGAUGACAGAUCUGCUGAUGUGUGUUCAGACUCAACCUGAAGCAACAUCUGUCCUCUGUGAGGUGAGACCAGGUCCCGUUAGCCGAGACACAGCUUAGAGAAUAAAGGUGCUUAAAAACAUUUAAAAAUCACGCUGAUUCAGAAAUCAUGGCGUUUCAUCAUCAUCAUCUCUGAUGUCCAUCAAGACCGGACGGCCGAAGUGAAUCCAGUGAGAGUUUGUACAUCACUGCAAACACGGCUCACGUUGUAGCCGACAGCUAACUCACUGUUUCCUGUUUACAUCCCGCAAGGCAUCAUGGGAAGUGCAGUACCACAACUUGGAGCAUGGUUAAGAGUGACAGAACCGGCUUGUGUUGAGUCUGAACAGACAUUCAGGACCGAUGAGCGCAGCAGUGAUGUUUUUUUUAAGUGAGUGUGAUGUUGGAAUAUUUUGUUGUAAAGAAGCUGCAGUUAGAAACAUCCAUCACAUGUUAAAAUAUAUUUUAUGUCGGUCCUGAGUUGGUCAGAUCGCUGAGAUGUUCGAAUGUAAAAUUAAGUUCAGAUAUUUGAAAAAUAAAAGUUUGAUUCAG